UUUUAGUUGAUGCAGGGGCUUUUAGUAUCUACGCCUUUUGUAAAAAAAUAUUUUUCAUUUAUUUAAAGGUCAUUAAUGGACUUUUCCAACCCGCUGGGAAACCUGUAACCCCUGUAACCAUAUUCAUAUUCCACAAAGUGAGGUUAUGUUUCAACAUUGUUCUUUCGAAUCAAACAUUCAACUCUCGAAAUAAUUUUAUUUAUGAAACACAAUUGAAGUAAAACGAACUUUUUCACCGUCUUAUCUGCUACGAAACUAAAAUUAAAAUGAUCAAAUCCGGCACGUUCAAGUCCCUGUUGAGACGCCACAAAAACGUUUUGCACUUUUGCCAAUUGUCUUCAGCCGCCCAACCACAGUCAGACCCCAAAAGCCACAGUUUUCGUACCGAUGAGAACGACCCCCUUAAACACACCCUUGAUCAUGUGGGGCAGUACUACAGAGUCCCCCAAAAUGAGUGCAAAGUAUAUCUAUACGGGGGUUUACCCAAAUCGUACGAAAUCCAAACAAAGACCUUCAAUGAAACUUGUUUAAUGGUGAGGAAACCUUCAGUCGAUAUUAUAAAUUGUUUGAAAGGGCUUGAUUACACAAAACCCGCCGUACGUUUUGUCCUAUUUGGUAAAAAAGGAAGUGGCAAGAGUUUGACAAUGGCACAUGUGUUACACUACGCCCAAAAGGCCGGUUUUUUGCUGGUCCAUGUCCCUUGGCUGGGCAAUUGGAUGCGGAACCCUAAGGAACUGAGCAGCUCUGAGACUAGAGAAGGGUUUUAUGAUUUAAAUCUGGACGCGGCUGCGUGGUUGGUGCACUUUAAGUCGCAGAAUGAGCAUUUGCUGAGCGCCCCUGAGCUUAAAACGACUCGGGAGCAUGUUUGGAGUAAACGUGAGAGUACACCAAAAGAUUCUAGUUUGCUUGAAUUGAUUGAUCAUGGCAUUAAUCGGCUGAAAUAUGCAUCAGAGUGUGUUCUUGCCCUAGCUGAAGAAUUGAAACAAUUGACUAAAGCUGGAAAUUGUAAAACUCUAGUGGCAAUUGAUGGUUUCAAUGCGUUUUUCUACCCAAAAACUCGUGUUUUUAAGGAGAAGAAGGAAGUGGUUCCGCCAAAUAAAAUCACACUGACUGAGGCUUUUCUCAGUUUGACCAAAUUUGAUUGGAAUAAUGCGGCAAUCGUUGUCACAGUUGAUGAAAUUGCCAUUGCUGAGGAAGAUCACAAGUCGCAUUUUCCAAGGUAUCUCUUGGGUAAGGAAGGAUUUGAACAUUUGGACCCUUUUGUGCCCGUUUUUGUUGACGCUUAUUCACCAAAAGAGCUCACAAGUUGUAUGGAUUAUUACAGAGAAAGGAAGUGGGUUAGGUAUUUCCCACAACAGGAUGAAGAAUUGGCGUCACUAAGUGCAUAUAAUCCUUAUAAAUUAAUGAAGUUAUGCAUAUCGCUUUAAAUGUAACUUAAUUAGAGUAAAUAAAAUUGAAUUACAGUAA